AUGGACGACCAUCACCCCAACGAGACUGCGGGCCCUAGCCGUAUGCGUACUGAUGAGACGAAGACGGGUGACCGUGUCGUCGCAUCCGUUCUUUGCGGCUCCACCGACAGCUUAUCAGUGGAAGAGAUGUCAGCUUCAAGGGACUCGCAGCCGGCGCUGGAUAAAGCGUUCUUCCCACUGUCUUCUUCAAAAACUUUUGCAGAUCCAAGUACCUGUGGCGCUGAGAAUACUCUCCAGCGGCCUGCGCAUUCAAAACUACUUCUCGAACCCCCCAUCCGCGACAUCUGGGAGCAGCUUGCCGUCGACAUAGUGGACAAAAAGGCCUGGAAAGUGGACAGUUUUGACUCCCUUACCUCGCUGGAUGCGUACUCCGAAGACGUCCGACAUUUCCCAGCCGAGGAUGAACGAAUACGUAUGAAGAAGCGAAGGGACGCCGCGCUGAGGCUGAGAUCCAGUCCGGAACGUUGGUCUCGGCUAGCGCUGGACGCGCUGAGAGAGUUGGCUACGGAUUCGUCUGGCCCCGCCGUCGCUACCUUGGUCGAAUCCGGCCUUCUUGCCGUUUUCAAGGACUUCGCUGUUCACACCCGCUAUUUCCAGGUCACGAAGAAGCUAAUGGAAUCGGCUGGCAUCACGGUGUUCGUGGCGGGUCACGCAUCUUCAUCUACCCACGACAUUGACAAGCUGGAUCCCAUCAUGCUCGCGGGCUACACCGACCGGUGGGAGGACACCAAGCGCACGGCACUGUGGUACUUGUGCGUCCACUCUCACUACUCGCUCAACACACACCACCAGCAGCACGAACUGUGGCACGCCGAAGACUCUGAUGAUAAGGAGAGGGAGCGUUGCAAAGCCCUGCCGGAGCUUCUCUGCGACAAGGCGUCCCGGAAAUUGCAGAAGGAGCUCAACGGCGUCGUGUCGCCCGACAUGUGGAGCGUGGAGGCGAAGUUCUACUUGGGAAUGCCCGAAGUGUGGUUGGAUCGCGUCACACGCAUGGCAAGGCAACUCGCCGAAAGAACGCCAUCCGGAGAGUCGAACGUCACAGUCACGUGAAUUCCUCGCUAAUUGGAAUUUAAUUAUUUCUCAAGUAAAUGACACACAAUCAUGUAAAGUUCCUCGGGGACGCUUGAAGUACGAAUAAACCAUC